AUGACCAUUCGAGUCACAUGGUGUAAACGUCACUUGUCCAUCAGCCGGAUAGAAUUAGUCGCCACCGUGAUCUAUUGGUGCCCGCGGAAGUGCCGGAACGGAGUAUUAUACGGUUCCAGUUUACAAGAUAACGCCGCUGACAGUACAGAAACGAAGGCAAGAGAGAAUUCGAGUCCUGUGAAAAUGAAUGUUCAGGGACAGGUUGUGGAAGAGACUGUCUUUGAGAAAGUUGAAGAAGAGACAAUUGAAUCAAUAUAUGUUGAUGUUCCACAUAAUGCACACGUUAACACACCAGAGGAUGCUGUGAGAACGUUGGGGACCCAGGAUCUGAGCAUGGACCAGAACCUGGAUAAAAUUUGUGAACCUUGCAUUAAGCCGGGCACUAAUGACAUGGAUGCCGAAGAGACUGAUAUGAGACAAAAUACUAAUACAGAGCAUCUACUCAUAAAUCUGAGCCCAGAUGACCAAAACACACAACAUGUUGUCGUAACACAACACCAAGACAACAUAGGUGUGCAGGCUCUUAAUAUAAUUCAGUAUCCAAUCGUUAUGGACACCCAGCAGCCCACUGUGGACCAGAGACAAGAGACAUUAGAUUCCCAAGAGUACAGCACCGAGCAAAGUUCUAAUAGCGUAGGCACACAAGAUUCUGGCAUUGAAUUGAUCCCAGAAAAUACCACACAAAAUCACAGGUCAGAGAACAAGGGUAACCAGGAACAAUAUACAAUACUAAAUGCAGCUAGCAUAGACCCACAUGAGGUGGUGAUCAUACAAGGCCAUGUUAGCCAAAGUACACAGCAUCAGGCUUUGUGUCAAAGACCAGAUACCAAUAACCACAAUGUGGCUCCGAGCCAAAGUGCAGACAGCAUAGAACAGAGCUCUUACAUGGAAACCAAAGCUACUUCCUCCACAAAAAGUCUGGAUAACUUGGACCCACAGGAUUCUGGGAUUCCAGAAAGCCUAGAGAACAUGGAAACACAGGACAUAGAGCAGAAUCUGAGCAGAGCACAAGUGGUGUGCACAAUGCAGAGCCUCGAUCCUAAUAGCUCCAUUGAGAACCAAGAUAACAAGAUCACUGAGGUGACUGAUGUUUCAGUGCCCAACGAAAACACAGAGCAAAUGACACACACACAGGUAGAUUCAUGUACAUCUGUCUCAUGUUCUGUGCCAGGAGUGUGUUCCAUGUGUCAUUCACUUUUCACUCAGACUUCACAACCUGUCCUGCUUCACUCGGAUGCCACAGGACCAGCCUAUACCACCAGUUCAUCUGUAGACAGGAUUAUACACAGCUCUAUCAACCCUCAACUGAUCCAGGGCUGCAUAUUGACAAGUGCUGAGGGCAGGAACCCUGGAAUUACUCAGUACCUGAUCCUACAGGAGCCAGAGGAUGCUGGCCCAAGCUACCCACUUGCUCUGAGUCCAGUAGCUGUAGGGGAGAUGUCUCUGUCACAUGACUCUUCCUGUGGCCCCGAAGCAGUGUCUGACAUGGAUGCUUUGGAAGGAAUGAUGGAGGUCGUUGUGGUGCAGCAAUACAAGUGCAAGAUGUGCCAGUACAAAAGUGCCUCCAAAACGACACUACUACGCCAUGUCAGAGAGCGCCACGUCCAGACAGACUCAAAGGAUGAGCAAAAGGGUAAUGUGUGCAAGGUGACACGAUCACGGGAAGAGGACGAGGAGGAGGAAGAUGAUAUUGUAGAUGCCGGUGCAAUAGAUGACCCAGAUGAUGACAGUGACUAUAGUCCAGGUGAAGAAGCAAAUCAUGAUCAUAACUUGGAACUUGCUGAUGGGACCCUCGCUAAAGAAAGACCUCGCAGGCGACCUGGUCGCCCACGCAAGAUUCAGCGUAUCCAAGGCCCAGAAAUAGGCGCUGAUUUACUGCCUGUCAGUGACAGUAAAGUUGAGGAUCUCAUUAGUCCAUCUGUCACUGAGAGCAAGGAUUCCUCUUGUAAUAGCCAUGAGGAGCAGAAACCUCUAAAUAAAACCCGUGGGCGACCUCCUAAACAUUUCCGUGGGAAGAAAUACCGCAGAUACAAAAGCCGCAGGUAUUAUAAAUCACCGAAUAAGCAGUUGCUCCGGCCCUUCCUCUGUCGCGUGUGUGGCUCCCGGUUUCUUACACACGAAGAUUUUACCUUCCACGUCGGCUCUCACGAUGGCAACGAUCCUCAGACCUUCCGAUGCCAGCAGUGUAAUUACCGGUGUCGGAGAUGGUCCUCACUCAAGGAACAUAUGUAUAACCACAAAGGAAACAAGCCACACAAGUGUGAUCAGUGUGAUUAUACAAGUGUGUACAAGAAGGAUGUGAUAAGACAUUCAGCUGUGCACAAGCAGGAACGAAAGACAACCAACGACCUGGUAACGAAACCUACCUCCUACCCCUGUCCUGUGUGUAACCGUGUUUAUAACAUGCAGAAGAGAUUGACUCAGCAUUUGAAGACGCACAGUGCUGAGAAACCCCACAUGUGUGACAAGUGUGGAAAAGCUUUCAAAAAGCGGUAUACAUUCAAGAUGCACCUCCUUACUCACCUACAAAGUGUGGACAACAGCAGGUAUAAGUGUGAGUUUUGCGAGUAUAUCUGUGAAGAUCGGAAACGGCUUCUGAAUCACCAACUUACCCACAUGAAUGAUAAGCCGUUCAAAUGCAGUCAAUGCAAAUAUCACACCUACCGACAGGACUUUUUGUUGUCCCAUGAAGCCACCAAGCACUCAGGUGGAAAGCCAUUUGCCUGCGACUAUUGUCACUUCACUACCAAGCACAAGAAGAACCUGCGCCUCCAUGUGCAGUGUCGACAUGCACAUCUAUUGCAAGAAUGGGUCCAACGCAACCCUGAGGAAACCCCCUGCCGGCGCCGGCCAUUCUUCUCCCUGCAGCAAAUUGAGGAGCUAAAGCAGCAGCACGUUCAGCCUGAGAACCCUGAUGCUUCAGCACCUGCAAUCCAGGAAGUCCAGCCCACCACGAUGACACUGAGUGGUGUAAUGGCUCCGAAUCCCCAUACGGAGCUUACCUAUCACAUGCUGCAACAGGGACCUCAACCAGGGAACGCGCAGCCACAGAACACACUGGAAACUGCUGCAAUUAUAUAUGAGCAAGGUGAAGAAGAAGACCUCACAACCCGCGCAGCUCUUGACCUGCUUUUAAAUAUGAGCGCACAGAGGGAUGGACAGGGCGGCCCCCUACAGGUGGCUGUGGUAAAAUCAGGCUCCUGUGGUGAGGGUCAAGGGUCAGAGGUCAGUGCUCAGGAACCACAUAUGGCUCAAGUCCUGACCUUGCAUAUGGAUGAAAGAGAAGUGACAGAGGUCCAAGAGACCGGAUACGAGGAAACCGAUGUGCAGCAGAUCACUAUUAACACCGCAUUCACAACAGCUGAGUACAGUCUAAUAAACACAGACAACAUCCAGACAUCACUUUGCAGUGAUGCUGAAAUCCCUCCAGAGUCACCUCAACAUAUACUGGACGAUCGAGUGAAGGACAAAAAUACACUUCAGGUUCUUCAUAAACCGCAGCAAUCCCAGGUUGCAGCAGAUCAUUCUCCGCCACCUCCUGUGGCUAAGAAGUUUUCUUGUAAGAUUUGUGGUUCUUCCUUCUGGGGUCGGGCAGAAAUGGAGAGUCACAAGAGAGCACACGUGGAGGGAGGGAGUGGAUUCAAGUGCCACGACUGUACCUUUGUUGCAGCAUCUUGGCCUGAAAUUCGGGAUCACAUGUCUCUGCACUCUGACCUCCGUCCUCACCGCUGCAAUCAGUGCAGCUUUGCAUCUAGGAAUAAAAAGGAUCUUAGCAGACACGCCAUGACACACACCAACCAUAGACCUCACUCCUGCCACUUGUGUGGACAAAGGUUUAAUAGGAAAGGUCACCUGAAGUUCCACAUUCAGCGUCUGCAUGGCGGAGUGAGCGCACAGCAGCCUGAAAAUGAAGAACUUACAACUGCCCCGUCUUUGGAAGAGGAGCACAUAUUUCUUACUCAGGAAGAAACUGUAACCAACCAGGAGAAUACUGCAUACAUUCAGGAGAUCACAACAGCCGAUGGGCAGACCCUCCAGCAGCUUGUUACAGCAGAUAACCAGGUGCAAUACAUCAUCUCCCAAGAAGGUGUGCCUCACCUUAUUCCACAGGAGUAUGUCGUCCUGCCAGAGGGACACCAUAUUCAGGUUCAGGAUGGGCAAAUUACCCACAUUCAGUAUGAGCCAGGAGCCCAAUUCCUUCAAGAUCCACAGAUUCACUUUGUCCCCAUGUCACCUACUCAGCAGCUCCUCACACAGGAACAGCUUCAAGCUGCUGCACACUCCGCUGUCACAGCUGUGGCAGAUGCAGCAGCGACGCAGACAGUGUACACAGCAGAGAGAGAGGACACUCUACAGCAGGAGAUAGAGUAUGAUGUGAUCACUUUGACCGACUGAGGUGAUCUUCCAAUACAGAGUCUUUCGCCAUCGAUGUUCUCAUUUGCCUAUGAUGUCAUCACCCUUUCCUGCCUUACAGUGCUUUUUGCAAGAAACGUUGACAUGAAGACAGACUGUGACAGAACACAUUAUGCUAAAGAUAAUGCAAGCAGACUGGAUACAUUUUGGUACUCUAUAAAUUAUAUAACUUAUUU